GGACGAACGGAUCGAGGGGUUUGUGAAGGAAGUGGACGGGUAGCGGCGGUUAGUGGGGGCCAGGCUUGAGGGCUUGGUGGGUAGGGCCCCGAUCUCGGUCUUUGCAACAAACAUCUUUCACCGCCAAUGACGAGCCUCGCAUUGUAAGUCGGCUGCGUGGUUGCACGUAGCCUUGCCUGAAUCCUCGUCGCUACAGCCUACUGCGCCUCUGUGAAGAUAUACCAGCCGUUCUCAUAGAGUAGUAGCAGCGGGAGUGCUCGGCGAGGGCAGUUCGACGCAAACCGACCAUGUCCGCCUCCCUCCCUGGCAAUCGGGAGCUGCCCGACUCGCAAUAUGACUUGAGCACGUAUUGGGGUCGCGUGCGCCAUACUGCCAGCAUCACUGAUCCGAGAACCCUCCUGGCUGGGAAGAGAGGCCUCGAAGAUGCGAAAACGCUGGUUAUGAAAUACAAGCAGGGCGAGAUUAAGGAGAUGACACCCGAGCUAUGGAAGGCGAAGAAGAUCGUCGACUCGACGAUACAUCCGGAUACCGGCAAGCCCGUCUUGCUCCCCUUUCGCAUGUCGUGCUUCGCCCUCUCGAACUUGGUCGUCACAGCAGGAAUGCUUACACCAGGUCUAUCAAACACCGGCACCAUCCUCUGGCAAAUCACGAAUCAGUCACUCAAUGUCGCCAUAAACAACGCGAACGCCAACAAGUCCACGCCACUUUCGUACUCCAAGAUCGCGCAAUCGUACUUUCUUGCUGUUGGCGCCUCAUGUUCGGUGGCCGUAGGCCUGAACUCUCUCGUGCCGCGCCUCAAGCGCGUGACGCCCUCGACAAAACUCAUCCUGAGCCGUCUCGUGCCGUUCGCCGCCGUUGCGUCGGCAGGUUUUCUCAAUGUGCUGCUCAUGCGCGGCGAAGAGAUGCGCGUCGGCAUUGACGUGUACCCGGUGCUGUCUGCCGCCGACAAGGAGAAGCUAGCGGCAGAGGGUAGGGCAGAGAGCGACGUGGCGUCUCUCGGUAAGAGCCGCCGCGCGGCAACGGUGGCUGUGGGCGAGACAGCCCUGAGCCGUGUGCUCAAUAGUACCCCUAUCAUGGUCGUGCCGCCGCUCAUCCUCGUUCGGCUCCAGCGCACGCAGUGGCUGCGCAGUAACCCCCGGAUGACCCUCCCUGUGAACUUGGGGCUAAUCCUUGGUAUGAGCUACAUUGCGCUACCGCUCGCUCUUGCGGCGUUUCCACAGCGCCAGAAGAUCAGUGCCGAGAGUCUCGAGGAAGAGUUCCAUGGCCGUGGGGGAGAGGGCGGACUGGUCGUUUUUAAUCGUGGAAUCUGAUACCC